AUGUCAAAUAAUGGACCUUUAGAAGAAAAGGUCAAUUCCCAGGGUGCUAAGAAGGAUGAAACGAUUGAAUCAGAAGAAUCGGAAGAAGAUUUUGCUCAAUUGAUUCAAGAUUUGCAGUCUGAACAUGGGGAGGAAGAAACUGAAAGUGAUGGUGAGGCCCAAGCGGCUGGUGAGGCAAGGCAAGUACCUGAAUCACAACUUAAAACAGAUCCAGGUAUUGGUUUAACAACUGAUGAAGUUGUUAGAAGACGAAAGAAGUAUGGACUAAAUCAAAUGAAGGAAGAAAACGAGAACUUUAUUGUGAAAUUUUUAAUGUAUUUUGUAGGUCCCAUUCAAUUUGUUAUGGAAGCCGCUGCUAUCUUGGCUGCAGGACUAUCAGAUUGGGUUGAUUUUGGUGUUAUCUGUGGGUUAUUAAUGCUAAAUGCAUCCGUUGGUUUCAUUCAAGAAUUUCAGGCUGGGUCGAUCGUCGAAGAGCUAAAGAAAACGUUGGCUAACACAGCUCGUGUUAUAAGGGAUGGGACGCUACAAGAAAUCCCAGCAAAUGAAAUUGUCCCAGGUGAUAUAUUGGAACUUGAUGAAGGUACAAUUAUUCCAGCUGAUGGGAGAUUAGUUACCGAGAAUAGGUUCCUUCAAGUUGAUCAAUCUGCUAUCACAGGUGAAUCCUUAGCUGUUGAUAAAAAUUAUGGAGACGUGACUUUUUCGUCAUCAACUGUUAAGACAGGAACUUCAGUAAUGGUAGUCACGGCCACUGGUGAUAACACUUUCGUUGGUAGAGCUGCAGCAUUAGUUGGUGAAGCUUCUGGAGGCCAAGGUCAUUUCACCGAUAUUCUGAAUGAUAUUGGUACAAUUUUGUUGGUACUGGUGAUUAUUACAUUAUUAUUAGUAUGGACAGCCUGCUUCUACAGAACAGAUGGAAUUGUUAUGAUCUUGAGAUUCACGUUAGGUAUCACCAUUAUUGGUGUUCCAGUCGGGUUACCAGCUGUUGUUACGACCACAAUGGCGGUUGGUGCCGCUUAUUUAGCCAAAAAGCAAGCAAUCGUUCAAAAACUGUCGGCUAUCGAAUCCUUGGCAGGUGUUGAAAUAUUAUGUUCUGAUAAGACCGGUACUUUAACCAAAAAUAAACUAUCCUUGCAUGAACCUUACACAGUAGAGGGAGUAUCUGCAGAUGAUUUAAUGUUGACGGCGUGCUUAGCUGCUACAAGGAAGAAAAAGGGUUUGGAUGCUAUUGAUAGGGCUUUUUUGAAAUCUUUGAACCAAUAUCCAAAGGCUAUGAAUGCCCUACCAAAAUAUAAGAUACUAGAAUUUCACCCAUUUGAUCCGGUUUCCAAGAAAGUCACAGCUGUUGUAAAGUCACCUGAGGGUGAAACAAUAACUUGUGUAAAAGGUGCCCCCUUGUUUGUAUUGAAGACUGUGGAGGAAGAUCAUCCAGUUCCUGAAGAUGUUCACGAAAAUUAUGAGAAUAAAGUUGCUGAAUUAGCAUCAAGAGGCUUCCGUUCAUUAGGAGUUGCAAGAAAGAGAGGUGAGGGUUAUUGGGAGAUAUUAGGUGUCAUGCCCUGUAUGGAUCCACCAAGAGAUGAUACUGCGCGUACGAUUGCUGAAGCUAGAACUUUAGGAUUAAGAGUCAAGAUGUUAACUGGUGAUGCUGUAGGUAUUGCUAAGGAGACUUCAAGACAGUUGGGGUUAGGUGUUAAUAUUUAUAAUGCUGAAAAAUUAGGUUUAGGAGGUGGUGGAGACAUGCCAGGUUCUGAGCUUGCCGAUUUUGUAGAAAAUGCUGAUGGUUUUGCAGAAGUCUUUCCUCAACAUAAAUAUAAGGUUGUGGAAAUAUUACAAAAUAGAGGUUACCUAGUCGCAAUGACGGGCGACGGAGUUAACGAUGCUCCAUCUUUGAAGAAAGCUGAUACUGGUAUUGCAGUUGAAGGUGCUACUGACGCAGCUAGGUCUGCAGCAGAUAUAGUUUUCCUGGCCCCGGGCUUAUCUGCCAUUAUCGAUGGUUUGAAAACUUCUAGACAGAUUUUCCACAGAAUGUAUUCCUACGUGGUCUAUCGUAUUGCUCUAUCUCUUCAUUUGGAAAUCUUUUUUGGUCUAUGGAUUGCUAUUUUGAAUCGUUCACUGAACAUUGAAUUGAUUGUUUUUAUAGCUAUUUUUGCUGAUGUCGCAACUUUGGCUAUUGCAUAUGAUAAUGCACCAUAUUCUCAAAUGCCAGUUAAAUGGAAUCUCCCAAGAUUAUGGGGUAUGUCAGUUGUACUAGGUAUAUUUUUAGCUAUUGGCUCAUGGAUUACAUUAACAACAAUGUUCCUUCCAAAGGGAGGUAUUAUUCAAAAUUUUGGUUCGAUAGAUGGUGUUAUGUUCUUACAAAUUUCCUUAACUGAGAACUGGUUGAUCUUUGUGACUAGAGCUGUGGGUCCAUUCUGGUCCUCUAUUCCUUCCUGGCAAUUGGCUGGUGCUGUUCUUGCAGUUGACAUUAUUGCCACUAUGUUUACGUUAUUUGGUUGGUUCUCUCAGAAUUGGAAUGAUAUUGUUACAGUUGUUAGAGUUUGGGUGUGGUCUAUUGGUAUCUUCUGUGUCCUUGGGGGAGCAUACUAUCUCAUGUCCACUUCAGUUGCAUUUGAUAGACUGAUGAAUGGUAAACCAUUAAAAGUAAAGAAAUCGACAAGAACUGCAGAAGAUUUUUUGGCCGCUAUGCAAAGAGUCUCUACGCAACACGAAAAGGAAUAA